UACCCAGCAAACAACACCACACAAUUUUUCUGAUAACUCUCGAGAAAAGUCACCCUUCCGAAAAUCAUCACGAUGGACGAUAACGACGAUUAUUCCGAGAUAUCGACGGACUUCAAAGACGAGGACUUACAGGACCAAACCAUCGAAUCCGAUUCGGAGCUGGAUAUCGCAAUAAACGAAGAAUUGAUCUCGAAGAGCCAGGAGGAAAUCAAGAAGAGGAUGACGUCUCUGAGUCUCCUCAUUUCCGGACUUAAGGAACAACUCAGGAACGAGAAGGAACUAUGGAGGCAGGAGAUCGAAUACGUCAUAAACUGCCAAAAUAGCUUCAUGUCGCAGGCGAUGUGCUUUCCACCAAACUACUGUAAUGUAAGCUGGGAAGAACCCUCGGACUACCCCAGACGAAUUUGCAGCUCAUCCCGCAGCGAUGAGGACAUACCUUUGAGGUAUGGCGAUUGUAGAUAUCGCCAUAUGAAACUGACCAAUUGUCGACGGGAGAUGGAAAUCGAGAAUUACAGGAGAAAAUUGCUGGAAGUCGAAAGUAUGUGUACGAUGGAACUCAACAGGGUGAAGAACAGCGUUCAGAGUCUUCAGGUGCUGCAGCAGGUCGCGGCAGAGUGGGACCAGGCGUCUGGAGAUACAGGACACAAGCCUGUUCAUCACAAGUCGAUACAGUCGCCAGAUGAAGGCGAUGAAAAUUCGCUGAAAAGCAGCGGUGAUUUUAGUCCUACCGCUGAAUCCCACGACACUGUUGAGGCUUAAUUUGCGAUAGUGAAUAAUAAAUUUUUUUUUCGAA